GAAAUGUUCAUUCUUUAUCAUUUGCUCUGUUUAUCUUAGCCUCCCAGAUGAAUUUCCGUUCCGAGGUCAUUUUGGUUUUUGCUACGAUAUCUAUCGUCAGUGGAUACAGUUCAAACUUGUACUUUGACAGCACGUGUUCUGGAUACGACACAAAAACUAUUUUUGAUGACGACACUUAUUACAUCACUUGGAGCGGGGAGAGUUUAUCGUCAUACUGUUCAUACACGUUCAGUCCAUUCAAUACCGAUAACAAAGUGUGUGUUGAGGCCCAAAGCUUUUAUAUCAAUAGUUGUUCCGUUAAGCUUCAAUAUUACGGAGGGCUUAUAGGGACGGAGCUUGACGAAACGUACAGCUGCUUUGAUUCCGAACCUGAAAAGUUCUGUGGUGAUACAUAUGGUGAUGUCAAGGUCAAACUAACAGCACCAUCAAAAAGUAGUGGCAUUUAUUCUGGAUACUUUACGCUAAAAGUAACAACAAAGAAUCCAUAUGAAGUUGGUAUCGUGGUUGGCUCGGUAGUCGGGAGCAUUGUUUUCGCUAUCGUUGUCAUCACUGUGAUUAUCAUUGUGUGUCGCCGGCGACGAUAUCAUCCACGAGGGGUUGUUAUUGGAACUGGUGGUCAUCAGCAGGUCGUGACAGCAACAGCUGCAGGCUACACCAAUCCAAAUUAUCAAGCCCCUCCACCAUACACUGGAUAUGGAGCUCCAGCCAAUGGAAACAUAAUGAAUUCCUAUCCACCUCAGACUGGAUAUGGAACAACACCGUAUCCUAGCAACGGAACUGGUCAAAACAAUGCAUAUAAUGCUGGGACCGGAUACACUGGGACCGGAUAUCCGGUUGAUCAGACUACCUCAGAAAAAGCCCCUCCCUACCCAGGAAAUUAAAAAUGAACAAUAAUUAAAUUAAACUGU